UGAGGCGGUAGAAUAAAACAGAGCAGCCAUGUGGAGAGAAAUACGUGAAGCAGAAGCGCAGCGAGAAACUUUCACGAACCAACAUACGAUGGAUUGUUUUUUUAUCAUGGCACCGCUUUAUUCCAAACCAGCGACUGCUCUCAACGCUCUUAUCAGCAUUUUAACUCGAAACCUUCACUGGAGCGCGCACCAGGCAACUGGCUGAUGUGUUCAUCAGAGGUUUCUUGUGGUGAUGUGACGGACUGUCCCUCAUUUCAUGGUUUGUUUUGUUGCCGAGUAAAAAAAAAAAUUCAAAUUGACUGCAAUGGCAUCCUUUUUAAGAAGACUGUGUUCCCUAUUCUGCUGCUUGAAGCCACAAGAGGAAGCUGAAAGCAUGACUGAGAGCCAUGAAAUUCGAAAAAAAGUUUUCACGUUUCAAAGGAAGCAAAGGAUGGUCAGCCUGCCUGAUCAGCAUCAUGACAAGGCCGUGAUCAGUGAACACAAAAUAGAUAAUUUUAAUUUGUGUCCAAAAAUCCUUAUAAAGGAAAUGAUUAAUUCUGAUCAGCUCGUUGUGGCAGAAGUUCUGCCCUCGGACUUACCUGAAUGUCAGCCUGAGGAGCAGGAUAAAGGUGGUGAUGGUAGUUUGACAGAAUAUAGUGAGAAGGAGGUCAUAGCAUGUGAUGAUGAUGUGGACGAUGGGGAAGAGGAAUCUGAAUUGGACAAGAAAGAAGAUUUCUCAGAUGCAGAGUUUUCAGCGAUUCCCUCGGAGAACAACGAGUCCUUGUACAGCAGUGAUUCUGAUUGGUCUGAUGAAGAAUAUGCAGAAAAUCCCACAGAAAGCAAAGACUCCUGGAAUUCUUUGAACAACAGUGUUCCCGAUAAUCCAGUGUACUUCUGUCUUAAUGGAACUAAAACAAAGGCAUCAAGCACAAAGAAAACAGGGAAAAAGGUGUGUUUCAGUAAGGAGGUGACUGUCCAUAUACUCGAGGAAUGGCCCCUUGAAAGUCAGGAAGCACAAGAUGAGUCUUGUUAGAUGGAGAUGGCAAUUGAUGGACAACGUUUUAAAUGGAGAUUGGAGCUAACUGAAAAGAUCAUCAGCCCGUAUCUUAAAACUCAAGACAGAGCCAAUGGUUUGAAACGAUUUUUAAGCCACUCUGACUUGUCAUGCUUUAACAACAACAACAGUUCAGGGCCGCUGCUUUUAUAAUCAUAAUAACAAAUAAGAAUAUAUUAUUAAAGUAAAAGCAUUUGAAUUACGUGGUACUUUGUAUUUAUCACACAAGACACAAAAGUUACUGACUGCAUUUUAAUCACUUUUUUCCUUCUGUUAGUGUGACCAAUUUUGCACUGAUCCACAAUUUUAUAUUUUAUUACAUGUAUACAACAUUCCUGAAUAUACAUUAUGUGGUGCUUUUGUUAUGGGGCGGUGCUAAAAACAGUUUCUAAUAAACAUUACAUCACUUCCA